AGCGAGAAGUGCAUCAGCAAGCGUUUCCCCCGCCAAAAGCCGGGUGCUCUUACGACAGAUAAAGGACGACAUAAAAACAAUUUGUACCAAAAGCACAAUGUCCGAAUCUGAGCCAGAACCGGACAGUGGUCCUGAGGAUGAACCAAUGGAUCAAUCUCCAGUGCCAGGUCCUUCUGUCUUGUUGAAAUCACCCCCUAAAAGAGGGGGAGAGGAUAAUGAAGAAUUUGAAGAGAAAAUCCAAAAUGACAGAAGCAAUCGUUUUGACUUCUUGCUUCAACAAACUGAGCUCUUCGCUCACUUCAUGUCGACUGGGACCAAAACGGGGGCUGUUGCACCAACAAGUCCCCUCAAGAUGAAGCCAGGUCGGCCAAAGGUCAAGAAGCUGGAUGAGAAGGCUAAACUGGUUGCUGCGGGAGAUAGUCACCGGCAUCGCAGAACCGAGCAAGAGGAGGACGAAGAACUGUUGUCUGAGAGUCGAAAGACAACAGCCGUCCUCACAAGAUUCGAGGCAUCCCCUUCAUACAUUAAAACUGGAGAGAUGCGAGACUACCAGGUCAGAGGCCUGAACUGGAUGAUCUCCCUUUACGAGAAUGGCAUCAACGGAAUCCUUGCAGACGAGAUGGGUUUGGGCAAGACUCUCCAGACGAUAUCCCUGCUGGGUUACAUGAAGCACUACCGCAGCAUCGCCUCACCUCAUCUGGUCAUCUGCCCCAAGUCCACCCUGCACAACUGGAGGAACGAGUUCAACCGAUGGUGUCCCAGCCUCCGAGCUGUCUGUCUCAUUGGAGACCAGGCACAGAGGGCUGCAUUUAUCCGGGACACUCUAAUGCCCGGCGAGUGGGAUGUUUGUAUCACCUCAUACGAGAUGGUCAUUCGGGAAAAGUCGGUAUUUAAGAAGUUCAACUGGCGGUACCUUGUCAUUGAUGAAGCUCACAGAAUUAAGAAUGAAAAAUCCAAGCUUUCUGAGAUUGUGAGAGAAUUCAAGUCAACAAACCGCCUGCUGCUCACUGGAACUCCGCUGCAGAACAAUCUGCACGAGCUGUGGGCACUUCUUAACUUCUUGCUCCCUGAUGUCUUCAACUCAUCUGACGAUUUCGAUUCUUGGUUUAAUGCCAACAAUUGCUUCGGAGAUGUUGCCUUAGUUGAAAGACUUCAUGCGGUGCUUCGACCUUUCUUGUUGCGACGUAUCAAGUCUGAGGUGGAGAAACGUUUGCUACCAAAGAAAGAGACCAAGAUCUUUGUCGGUUUGGGCAAAAUGCAAAGAGAAUGGUACACCAAGAUUCUGAUGAAGGACAUCGACAUUGUUAACGGAGCUGGCAAAACAGACAAGAUGCGACUGCUCAAUAUUCUCAUGCAGUUGAGAAAGUGCUGUAAUCACCCGUACCUGUUUGACGGGGCCGAGCCGGGGCCCCCCUACACCACAGAUUACCACAUUGCAGAAAACAGUGGCAAGAUGGUCAUCCUGGACAAGAUGUUGCCCAAACUCAAGAGAGAAGGGUCGCGUGUGUUGAUCUUCAGUCAGAUGACCCGUAUGUUGGACAUCCUUGAGGACUACUGCUACUGGAAGCAGUAUGACUAUUGCCGUCUCGACGGUAGCACUCCGCACGAGGAGAGACAGAAUUCCAUCAAUGACUUCAACAUGCCUGACAGUAAGAAGUUUGUCUUCAUGUUGAGUACAAGGGCUGGCGGUCUUGGCAUCAACCUUGCUACAGCUGACAUUGUCAUCUUGUUCGACUCUGACUGGAAUCCCCAAGUUGAUUUACAGGCCAUGGACAGGGCUCAUCGUAUUGGUCAGAAGAAACAGGUGAAGGUGUUCCGUUUUAUCACUGAGAACACUGUGGAGGAACGCAUUGUGGAAAAAGCUGAGAUGAAGCUGAGGCUUGAUAACAUCGUUAUUCAACAAGGCCGUCUGCUGGAUCACUCGGCCAACAAGCUGGGUAAGGACGAGGUGCUCAGUAUGAUCAGGCAUGGUGCUAGUCACGUGUUUGCCUCGAAAGACAGUGAAAUCACAGAUGAAGACAUCGACUCCAUCAUCCAGAAGGGAGAGAGAAAGACUGAAGAAAUCAAUGAGAAGUUUGAGAACAUGGGCGAGGGAAGUCUGCGGACCUUCACCAUGGAGUCCCAGGAGAGCGUGUACAAGUUCGAGGGAGAAGAUUAUCGGGACAAGCAGAAGUUGGGUAUAGGCCACUGGAUUGAGCCGCCCAAGAGAGAGAGGAAAGCCAAUUACGCUGUGGACGCAUACUUUAGAGAGGCACUACGUGUCAGUGAGCCCAAGGCACCCAAGGCUCCCCGUCCCCCGAAGCAGCCCAAUAUCCAGGACUUCCAGUUCUUCCCUCCCCGGCUGUUCGAGCUCCUGGACAAGGAGAUCUACUUCUACCGCAAAACUAUUGGAUACAAGGUACCGAAGAACCCUGACCUGGGGUCAGAUGCAGACAGAGUUCGCAAGGAGGACCAGAUAAGGAUCGAUGAAUCGGAGCAGUUGAAUGAUGAGGAGAUAGGCGAGAAGGAAGACCUCCUCAAACAGGGUUUCACCAACUGGACCAAGAGAGACUUCCAACAGUUCAUCAAAGCAAAUGAGAAAUACGGUCGUGAUGACAUUGAAAGUAUUGCCAGAGAAGUGGAAGGCAAAACACCAGAAGAGGUGAUGGCGUAUUCAACGGUAUUCUGGGAACGAUGUAAUGAGCUCCAGGAUAUUGAGAGAAUCAUGGCACAGAUCGAGAGGGGAGAGGCUCGAAUUCAGCGGAGAAUCAGCAUCAAGAAGGCCCUCGAUGCCAAGAUGGCCCGUUACCGAGCACCAUUCCACCAGCUGCGUAUCCAGUACGGAACCAACAAGGGCAAGAACUACACGGAAGAGGAGGACCGCUUCCUGGUGUGCAUGCUGCACAAGCUGGGCUUUGACAAGGAGAACGUGUACGACGACCUCCGCCAGGCAGUACGACAGGCUCCUCAGUUCCGAUUUGAUUGGUUCAUCAAGUCAAGGACUGCCAUGGAGUUACAACGUCGCUGCAACACACUGAUCACACUAAUAGAGAGAGAGAACAUGGAACUGGAGGAACGAGAGAAGGCCGAGAAGAGGAAGGGACGACCAAAAUCAGGAACACCCAAGAGUCAGAAGCGGAAGGCAGAUGGUACGCCUGAUGGAAGAGGCCGGCCCAAGAAGAAGAAGCCUUGAGGACGUGUGUGUUAGAAGUGAACUAUUUAUCCAUGCUGAGUCUACUGCUAACGGCCUGGUGACUAGUAUCAGCCAGUCUGCUUCUGGUCGUACCUGCAUUUAUGGUGUAUAUCAUUGUCUCUCAUAUCUCCAUGGAAACAUAAAAACUCUACAGGAGAUGGAAGGAGACUUGGUGCAACAUUUGUGUGCCAAGCCAAGCAUUGUCAUUAUUGUCAUAUGUACUUAGUUAUUUUGUGUGUGCUGGAGAUUGUCAUCAUGGGAUGGUGCAGUUGUCAAGGUGAUCACAGGUAAUAAAGGCUGAUUGUGACUUUAUAUGAUACAGACUUUAGUAAAAUGUUAAUUGUCUUGAAUAACAUUGUUAUUUAGGGGAUAAAAAAGAACAAAUUUGGCAGAUGUCCGAGGAAGCGUUUUGGUAACGUAAGACGUUUCUUCAGAUCCAUCCAGCAUAUUUGUACCACAUGGAAACAUAGCUUCCACAAUUCAGGCAGACCUCCGCUAAUAGACAUUAUCUUCAGUCAGCGAAGCUGGUUUGGUUCGGUCUGAUAACCCAGUUUUAAGGUCUUACCCUUUGUUUUCACAAGCUUGGACAAUUUUAGGUUAACAUUUAACACUACAUUUUAUAUCUAUGUAAAUAUUGUGUAAUUUUAGGCUUGUUGAUUAUUUAUGUCUGUUAGCUGUACGUUUUCAAUGUGAUCUGUCUGAGACAAGGGAGAAACUCCAAUUAUGAAUUCUGUUCAUUACUCAAUACUGUGUGAUGUGCACCAGUGUCAUGUACCAUUCAUCAUGGUCAUAUUCAUGGAAAAGCAAUUUGGCAUCAUGUUUUGAGAAUAAAAGGUCUCGUGUAUCAAAAUA